AUGGGUUUCAACGGAGUUCUACUUACAACGAAGACUUAUAAUAGUUCUUGUAGUUGUUUCAAGCAGUUUAUGUACGGAAACACUUUCACGUCUCUCGAUGCUUUCUGGUCUUCUCUUUGUAAUCUCUUCUUCCUCCUUCUCUCCUCCAUCUUCAGAGUUCAUUCAGACAAGGAGACAAGCUUGGUCGUGGUUAAGACUCAAAAUAAUAACAACACAAACGAGCCGGUUUCGAUCAGCAAGAGAUGUGAUUAUUUAUCCGACAAGAGCAUCACUUGUUAUGUAGAAGAACCUAAAGCUGUGUGUUUUGUGUUUCGUGAUUGUUACUCAUCUGCUGUUAAGGAGGAGAUGAAGAUGGUGAGUUUCUCUAAUGAGUCACCGUUUGUAGUUGACGACAACAAGUUGGUGACGUCAUUAUCUGAGGGCUGUUUUGUAACGCAACACGUGAAGGAAGAGAUGUUGGUUUAUGAGUUCAUGAGUUGUGGUGUCUUAAAAGGACUAUUAGCUCACGAGAGUUUUGUUGGUGUUGAAGAUAACUUGUUUGAUGAGGAGGAGGAGGAGGAGUUUAUAGAACUCAACCCAAGUUUCCAGAUAUCUAAUAUUGCUUAUCAAGAAGAAGAGUUCAAGAUGGGUUUUGAUGAAGAAGAAGAAGUAUAUGAUUCAGAUGAUGAUGAGUAUGAGCAUAGUGAUGUGAUUGAGAAACUGAAAACAGAGAUAAGGACAGCGAGAACAGGAGGGUUAUGCACCAUUCUUGAGGAAUCAGAGACUCCAUUAGAAGAACCGAAACCACUCAAGAUCGAACCAAAACAAGACCGGUUCAAAGACAUGAUCGGUGAGAUUCACAAGGUUUACAAGAACUAUGCUGUUAAAAUGAGAAAGCUAGACGUCAUUGAUUCACAAACAAUGCAUUCCAUCAGUUUGAUAAAGCUAAAAGAUUCAUCUAAACCAAGCAGUAACAUCGUUAAACCGCCUAAGUUGCCUCUAUGGCCAUUCAAGAAACAUAAGCUUGAAUGUGACCCUAUUGAGAGACUUGUGAAAGAAGCAAGCAGAGAUUUUGAGACUGUCUACGUGAGCCAACUUUGUAUCUCGUGGGAGAUGCUUCAUUGGCAAUACACAAAACUCUUGGAGUUUGAUUCUCACGCUGCUACUACUACUUAUCAGUACAACUUAGUAGCUGGAGAGUUUCAACUAUUCCAAGUUCUGGUUCAACGGUUUGUGGAGAAUGAACCGUUUCAAAACUCAUCUAGAGUUGAGACUUACUUGAAGAACCGUCGCCAUUUCCAUAAUUUCCUUCAGAUUCCACUUGUUAGAGAUGAUCGUUCUUCAAAGAGUAAUAAGAAAUGUAGAAACGAAGGAGAGUUUGCGGUAAAGAUUGAGACGUUAAGAGAGAUUAUCCUAGAAUCAAUGCGUGUGUUCUGGGAGUUUCUUUGUGCAGACAAAGAUGAGUUUAGUUCUGUAAUGAAAGUUACCCACCAAACACAAGUCUCUCCACAAGAUCCUUUAGAUCUUGAGCUCUUGACAGAGAUAAGAACCCAUCACCAAAAGAAGGAGAAGAAGCUAAAGGAGAUACUGAGAAGCCAAUGCUGCAUAGUGAAGAAGUUAAAGAAGAAUGAGACAAAAAGUAGUGUAAGAGUGAAGGAUGAGUUACUGAUAGCUCAAACUGAACUUAGAGUGGUUUCAAGAGUAAUGACCAUGUCAAAGCUCACGACAGAGAAGUUGGUUUGGUGUCAGGAGAAACUCAACAGGAUAAGUUUCAUUGGUCGGAAGAUUCACAUGGAACCUUCUUUUUCCUUGUUACCUUGUUAGAGCCGCCAAUGCCUAGAUAUUUAGAUGAGAUCCAGGAAGAUGAUCUUUUUAUUGUCUUUGUUCCUGAGAAAG